AUGACUCAGCUGCUGAGCAAUAUCAAAGGCAUUAUCAAUGCUUUCUACAUGUCCGCAAAGAGGGAUGGCGCCUGCCCCACGCUGAGCAAGGGGGAGCUGAGGCAGCUCAUCCGCCAGGAGUUUGCUGAUGUGACUGUGGUCCCCCAGGGUCUCCAGACCAUAGACAAGAUGCUGCAGCUGCUGGACACUGACCGUGAUGGCAGACUUGACUUCAACGGGUUUCUCGUUCUGAUCUUCCAAGUGGCCAAGGCUUGUGACAGGGAAGUAAGCCAGGGUCAGCGACCCGGCCACGGUGGAAGCUCAGCGUCCCAGGGAGAAGCAAAUUGUGGGGGGCGCACACAGGAGCCUCCGACACCAGAGCGCGACCCAAGCCCGCAUCAGGCUCCAGAGUUACAGAUUUCAGAGCAGGACCGAAGCCCCCAUCAGGCCCCCGAGCCUCAAACACCAGAGCAGGAUUCGAGUCCCCGUCAGGCCCCCGAGCCUCAAACACCAGAGCAGGACCCGAGUCCCCGUCAGGCCCCCGAGCCUCAAAUACCAGAGCAGGAUUCGAAUCCCCAACAGGCCCCAGAGCCCCAGACACUAGAGCGGGACCCAAGUCCCUGUCAGGCCCCAGAGCCAGAGAUACCGGAGCAGGAUCUGAGCCCUCAUCAGGCCCUCGAGCCUCAAACACCAGAGCAGGAUUCGAGUCCCGGUCAGGCUCCAGAGCCCCCAAUACCAGAGCAGGACCCGAGUCCCCAUCAGGCCCCAGAGCCUCAAACACCAGAGCAGGAUUCGAGUCCCCGUCAGGCCCCGGAGCCUCAAACACCAGAGCAGGUUUCGAGUCCCCAUCAGGCCCCAGAGCCCCAGAUACCGGAGCAGGACCUGAGCCCCCAUCAGGCCCUCGAGCCUCAAACACCAGAGCAGGAUUUGAGUCCCGGUCAGGCUCCAGAGCCCCCAAUACCAGAGCAGGACCCGAGUCCCCGUCAGGCCCCGGAGCCCCCAAUACCAGAGCAGGACCCAAGUCCCCAUCAGGCCCCGGAGCCUCAAACACCAGAGCAGGAUUCGAGUCCCCAUCAGGUCUCUGAGUCCCAGACACCAGAGCGGGACCCAAGCCCCUGUCAGGGUCCAGAACCCCAGACACCAGAGCAGGACCUGAGCCCUAGCGAGACACAACUUCCACCGGCACAGCAGCGAAACCCAGGUGCUCGGGACCCAAGAGAACCUGCUGCAGGACAAGCCUCUAAAUCUCCUGAGUGCCUGUACUCCUGGCAUUAUCAGAAGCCACUACCCUUUCCUCACUGGUGGCCACCAAAGAAGUAA